UUAGAAGAGAAGAUGGAUGGCGCUGCUACUCAACUGUUUGUUGUUGAUCUUGAGGUUCACUCGAGCUACAAUUCCACAAUUCGUUUUGCGUCUCCAAUUUCCUUAACAGCCAUAAAUUCGGGCCUGUUUAUCAACCCAACCUGUAUCGCCCGCAAAGUCUCAUGAGGGAGGUGCCCUCUCACCGCACCUCACCUCUCCGAAAGCACAUAUCGGCCUGUCAGAGCCACCUCGCUUCGUCCGUGCUUGCAUUGUGCAUUCUCGCCGAUAGUGAUGCGACCAAUAACCCAUAGCACACAGCAAAGUGGGUGUAACCUAGUUUCAAAAAGCCCUUCACUUCCCAAAAUCACACUCAAAUUGACCUCUCCUACUACGGUAUUUCGGCUGGUUGCAAAGAUACUACUCAGUUGUCUAGUUGUUACCUCCUCACAAUAGUGACCACUGUCACGGAGCACAGCAUUUCCGCUAACGGAAUAUAUCUCACUUCAUACUCCGUACAGUCUGAAUCUUCACGCCACUCCUUGCAUAUCUGACAUUGAUCCGUCAUUCCAAUAAUCCUUUUCACCUUUGACCAUGGCCGAAGAAGAGUCACAGUCGCCGAAGGAGCAGCGUCUCACUGACGAAGAAUUCAAGGCAUUACCUGCCAUUGAUUUUGUGACGUUGGGAAUGUUCAUCAUAGACGAGAUACACUUCUUGCCACCUACGCCAUCCGUCUAUGAUAUUCUCGGCGGUGCCGGCUCAUACGGUGCUCUCGGAGCCCGUCUCUUCUCGCCGACCCCGGAUGCCUCAUCGGUCGGUUGGAUCGUCGACAAGGGUUCCGACUUUCCGCAAUCCUUGACCAAACUCAUCGACAGCUGGGAAACAUCAGUCGUGUUCCGCGAGGACCCAGAGCGGCUUACCACUCGCGGAUGGAACGGAUACGAGAACGCAGAGAAGCGCGCCUUCAAGUACACCACCCCUAAGAAGCGUCUCACUGCAGGAGACCUGACGCCUCAUCUGUUACUUUCCAAGACCUUCCACUUAAUCUGCUCCCCGGCCAGGUGCAGAGACUUGGUAUCCGAAAUCACCUCAGCCCGCAAACGCGUGUGCCCGCCCGAUUCGUACAUAAAACCAAUAUUCAUCUGGGAACCCGUACCUGACCUAUGUACACCGGAUGAACUUCUCAACUGUACAAAUUGCCUUCCCCUGAUUGACAUCCUCAGUCCAAAUCACUCGGAGCUGGCGGGGUUCAUGGGUGACGACGGCCUGGACCCAAUUACGGGAGAGAUCUCGAAAGCGGCGGUAGAGAGAUCUUGCGAGCAACUUCUCGCAAGCAUGCCUUUAUCGUCUUUCACGCUCGUUAUCCGCGCCGGGGAAAAGGGCUGCUACGUUGCUCGCAACGGCGGCCGCAAACGCCAUCCCGCUACUGGCGACGGGGCAGGCCCAAAGCGUCGCAAGAAGGAUUAUACGAGGGGCGGCCUUCAGCCGGACACCGACAUGGAAGCACUCUUCGCCGGUCUACUUCAAGACGACGAAGGUGCUGUUGUUCGCGAGGAGAUCGAGGUAGACUCUGGUACCGAACAGUGGAUCCCGGCCGUUCACACAGACAGCGCGAGAGUGGUAGAUCCAACAGGUGGCGGCAAUACCUUUCUGGGCGGGCUCGCUGUUGCUCUUGCAAGGGGUAAGAGCGUCGAGGAAGCUGCAGUAUGGGGCAGUGUAGCUGCCAGCUUCGCUAUUGAGCAAGUUGGCGUACCAACUUUAGCCAAAAAUGAGGACGGCGAGGAGACAUGGAACGGCGAAAGGGUAGAGGACCGGGUUGCGGAGUUCCGAGCCCGUCUUCAAGCAACGCAGUAAAGUUCACGGAAAACGCUACAUCUGUGAUGAUAAACAUAGAACCAGGUAGACG